AUGCAGUACUCGCUGCAGGAUGCGAUUACCGAGCAGUAUGCGCUCCAGGAUGCGAGUACUGAGCAGUAUGCGCUCCAGGAUGCGAGUACUGAGCAGCACUCCGUGCAGGAUGCGAGUACUGAGCAGCACUCCGUGCAGGAUGCGAGUACUGAGCAGCACUCCGUGCAGGAUGCGAGUACUGAGCAGCACUCCGUGCAGGAUGCGAGUACUGAGCAGCACUCCGUGCAGGAUGCGAGUACUGAGCAGCACUCCGUGCAGGAUGCGAGUACUGAGCAGCACUCCGUGCAGGAUGCGAGUACUGAGCAGCACUCCGUGCAGGAUGCGAGUACUGAGCAGCACUCCGUGCAGGAUGCGAGUACUGAGCAGCACUCCGUGCAGGAUGCGAGUACUGAGCAGCACUCCGUGCAGGAUGCGAGUACUGAGCAGCACUCCGUGCAGGAUGCGAGUACUGAGCAGCACUCCGUGCAGGAUGCGAGUACUGAGCAGCACUCCGUGCAGGAUGCGAGUACUGAGCAGCACUCCGUGCAGGAUGCGAGUACUGAGCAGCACUCCGUGCAGGAUGCGAGUACUGAGCAGCACUCGGGACGGGACAGCACAAGUAACUUGAAUAUUAUGAUGGCAUCCCAGGACAUGAAGGUUCUCAUACCCCAUCCCAUCAUUUUCGUGGCUGACGCUAUAUUCGUUCUGUUACACUCACUAAAAGUUAGGUCGUCUGACCAAAAACUUCAGGGAUAUUUCAGAGUUAACAUCAUUGUUCGCGAAGACUUAAUACUAUGA